AUAAACAAAAUUAGAAAUUCAAGUUCUGUUAACAAAAUAAAUCAACCCCCCCAAAAAAGAAUAUCCCAAUUCUCCGUUCCUUCCAUUUCGAUGAACAUAGACCUCCGCGAUCGCAAGGAUUAACAACUCUAUUAAUCACUGGUCGGUCGACCGAUCCUGUAGUAAUUCGUUGAACAAUCUGUUUGUUUGAUUUGUAAAUCGAGUCGGCGGAUCGGCUAAUCGAUCGGUUUCUUUGGUGGAGUGAAAAAGUGAUUUUGGUGAAGAAUGGAGCAGAGCAGGAGGGCAGUGGAGUCGUACUGGAGGUCCAAAAUGAUCGACGUCGCGACUUCCGACGAGGAUAAGGUUACUCCGGUUUACAAAUUGGAGGAAAUAUGCGAUUUGCUGAGGUCUUCACACAUUUCCAUUGUUAAAGAGGUCUCCCAAUUCAUCCUCAGACGGCUUGAUCACAAAUCGCCGAUUGUUAAACAGAAGGCAUUAAGGGUGAUCAAAUAUGCUGUGGGAAAGUCAGGUGCAGAGUUCAAAAGGGAGAUGCAAAAAAAUUCUGUUUCAGUACGGCAGUUAAUCCACUACAGGGGCCAGCCAGAUCCUCUGAAGGGUGAUGCGUUGAACAAGGCUGUCCGAGAAACAGCACAAGAAACAUUAUCUACUUUAUUCUCAUCAGAUGAUAGCACAGCUGCACCUACAGAAAGUAGUCUUCGCAGUCGGAUACAAGGAUUUGGAAAUACCAACUAUGAAAUGCCCUCAGAUGAUAGAAAGUCAUUCAUCAGUGAGGUUGUUGACAUUGGAAGUGCUACAAUUAGACAGGGAUUUAGUAAUUUGAAACAAUCUCCUUCCAUUAGGAAAAGUAAUGACACUGGAAGUUACAGAAGCCCAAAUCUUGAGCGAUCUUUGACUAGAGAAAGUGAUUAUUCUGAUAGGUAUGAAGGGAUUGGAUCUCAUGCCGAAUAUAACAGCUCUUCUCGCUUCUCAAAAAAUGCUGGUAAUGGAAGCUGGGAUGAAGAAAUUUCUACAAGCCAGUCAGAAACUAGCAAUGGAGACCCUGCUUUGACUUAUAGUCAAAAAACUCGUGAAGAGAAGUUGUUAGAGACCAUAGUAACAUCAACUGGUGUGCGCCUACAGCCUACUCGGGAUGCACUUCAUGUUUUCCUGGUGGAGGCCUCAAAAUUAGAUGCCAAAUCAUUAGCGCAUGCCAUUGAAAUGAAACUGAGGUCUCCUAUGUGGCAGGUCCGCAUGAAAGCCAUAUGCAUCCUUGAGGCACUAUUGAGGAAGAAAAAUGACGGGCAUUUUUCACUUAUUGCUUCGUACUUCGACGACAACAAAGAUGUUGUGGUGCAAUGCUCUGAAUCUCCCCAAGCAUCUUUGAGGGAGAAAGCAACUAAGGUAUUGAGUCUUCUUGGUUGUGAACAAAAUGGCACUGGAGCCAACCGUGUCAAGCAAUCAACUCAGAUUCCUCAGCCUUCAGUGAUACCGGAUAUGAUAAACACUGGUGACCUAGAUGAUCUUGGCAUGGAAGAUCCAGAAAAAGCAGCAUGUGAGCCAAAAAUAACAAGUGCACGACCAUCUGUUGCUCCACUGAUCAAUGACUUACUUGGUAACAAUUCCGAUGGUUGUGAGAGCACCAACAAGCUGAACGUUGAUGAUGACCCUUUUGCAGAUGUCUCCUUCCUUAUAAGUCAAGAUCUCGACCGUGUUGAGGAUCUACUUUCUGGGAUGGCUUUUGAUAAGCCAGGAGCCUCAGAGGCCCAUGUAGCAGCUCAUGAAAAUGAUUCUGAACCGUUCAACCUUUUAAAUUCUAGUUCUGAGGUCUUCAUGGAGCAAGGAAAUUCUGGUGAAUAUGCUACCAACUUGAUGGAUGGUAUGCCUGUGAGUGGAAAUGAUCACUCUGUAAAGGUUAAUGCAAGUAGUGAAGAGAUGGGUGGCAAAAUUUUGGGUUCAGUAUCCAGUGCAGAUAAUAGAAGUCCUAACGUUGCUUUAAAUAAUGAAUUUCCUUUGCAAGCUGCUGAGGUUAAUGUAAAUCCCAUAUUCCCCCUGGGUGCUGUGACAUAUAAUAUUCCUUCAGGUUUUGUGCUCAAUCCUGCAUUUGCUUCUCAGCCAAUAAACUAUAAUGCCAUGGGGAGUCACUUUGCUCAACAGCAGUUUCUAGCUGCAAUGUCCAACUUCCAUCUACUAGGGAAUCUACAAUCCAGUUCUACUAUUAAUUCUCCUGGACCUGUAGGAGGGAAUGUUUCACCCCUUCCAGAUAUUUUCAAUCCUGGCAUAGCUACCCAACCUCCAACUUCAUUGAUGAAUGGAUCAAAAAGAGAGGAUACAAAAGCAUUUGAUUUUAUCUCGGUAAGUUUUUUUGGUUGCCAUAUUUUCUGUAAUAUCAAUAUUUGUCACAGGAUGCUUCAGAACUCGACAACUCCUUCAGUUAGUCUUAUCAUUACAUCUUGGUUUUCGGAAAUAUGUUUUUUGUGGUAAUGGCCUUUCUGGGCCUACUAGGUGUAGCCUGUAGAAUGAAGAAUGUUCUUUCGCUUCCAGCAGUAUUUAAGUAUCAGCUAGUACAAAUGAUACAAAUAAAUACAUUGAAACUCUAAAGAAAUUGGGAAGUCACUUGGUCUCAGAUCUAGGAUUUGUCUGGAAUCUCAUAGGACUUUCCUUUUCUCUUUCUAUUUUUUUUUUAUUAACUGAACCGAACUCUUGUUGAAGCAGUGGUAACCUAUGCUCCUCACCUUUAUAUUUUACACUUGAGCUGAUAGUUCACGUGCAAGUAUUUUGUUAACUUGUGCUGGUUUUGUAGGAUCAUCUGGCCUCAGCUCGUGAAACCAAGCGCACGAUUUAAUUGAUUUGUUGUGUGUGGAUUUAUUGCUUUAGCCAUGGGUUCUUAGUGAAGCAGCCCACUUAGAAGAUGCUGCCUGAAUCUUGAAUUGGAAAAAGUAUAUGAACUGUUGAGUAAGUGUUGUAUCGGCAUAAAUGGGAUUCGAGACUGCAUAAAAAGCAGGGUGAAAAAAUGAGGGGAUUUAAAGCGGAAGGCAGCUGCACAGACCUGUUGUGUGAAUAUUUCUGGCAUCUAAACUUGUUUUGAUCCUAAGAAGGGUCUGGAAUCGUGCAGUCAUCUAAACUGUUGAAGAUUGUUGUGUAUUUUUUGCCUUUUAUUUGUAAUAGCCCAUUGAGAUGAAUGCCUGAUAGACUUUUUGUAGUAAUGUUAUUUAUUUCUUUUCCCUUCUUA